AAAAAAAUAAAUAAAAAAUACAGGACUAAAGUAAAAAGUGAACAGGAAACAUCCACGAUCCAGCGCCGCUGAAAAGGGAACUCUGGAACCUUGAACCUUGCUACAGGUAGCUUGGGAUAGUACUCCCAGAGCCAGACCAUUGUAUCGGCUGUGUAGCACAGCAGGCGUACUCUGCAGAUACCCUUGCCGUGCCAAAUCUCUCGGGUCCGAAUUUUUCCCGGUUGACGCCAUUGUGCAUGUGCACCAUAUCGAGGGUCAUGUUUUGAUGAUGUCACUCGAUAUGGUGCGCAUGCGCAUUUACGUCACCUGGGAGAGAUUUUGGCAGGGUACAGUGUUACUGCCGCGCGCAGCGUAGUUGGGAGUGAUGUGGCACCACUCUGCUAAGGGACGGCCGUGUCUCACCCGCUUAAUAAAGGGAAUCAAGAACACUAAUCCCUUAAGACCAGUCAUCAGCAAUCAUCACAACUCUAAUAAGCUCCCGGUCUCAAUAAGCUGCACCAGCAUGGCUACUUCUGCAUUGCAACAAGUAACCAGAGUAGUAGUGGAGCCUCCAUCUUGCCUUCAUGAUGAGAGUGUGAAUAUCAGUGUGGACGGCCUGACACCUGAAGAUGAGGUAACGCUGGUGGCCUCAAUGACAGACACCCGAGGGGUCCUCUUCAUGUCUUUUGCCCAUUACAAGGCAGAUGGCAAUGGACAGGUGGAUGUGAGCACCAUGGAGUCCCUUGGUGGUUCCUACAGAGGAGUGUUCACAAUGGGUCUCCUCAGCAGCCUGUUGCCAGCCCUAGAGAAACACAAAUUUACCCGGUUUUUCAAAAGAGAUGUGGAAAAUCCAAACAUUGUGACAGUGUCAGUGUUCCAGGGCCAUUUAAGCAAUGAGGAAUUAGUGGCUGAGGACAGAAGUGAACCACUGUCCACAGCCACCCACCUCAGACACUACAUGGCUCCAGGAGUUCAAAGAAUCCCUGUUCGCUAUGGAAAAGUGCGUGGAUGUCUCUUUCUGCCACCAGGUGAUGGGCCAUUCCCUGGCGUGGUGGAUAUGUUUGGCAGUGCUGGGGGCUUGCUGGAGUACCGAUCAGCUCAGUUGGCUUCACGUGGCAUUGCUUCCCUUGCUUUGGCCUUCUUUGCCUAUGAUGACUUGCCUAAAUCUCUUGAAGAGUUUAAUAUGGCAUACUUUGAAGAAGCAGUGGAGUUUCUUCUAAAACAUGAAAAGGUGAUAAGCCAAGGUGUAGGAGUAAUUGGAACAAGCAAGGGCGGGGAGAUAGCUCUGGAAAUGGCAGCAUUUAUUCCAUCAGUUAUUGCAUGUGUUGCUAUCAAUGCUUCUCAUGUUCACUUCCUGGUUGGGAUGCGAGUGGGAGAGCACCUGUACCCUGGAAUGCCUCUCAACAACAUACAUAAUGUUCACAUUAAGGAUGAUGGUAGUGUGCAGUUGCGAGGUAUUGGUCGUAUUAAAGACAAGGAACUUGAAAAAUUUCUCAUUCCAGUAGAAAGAAGUAAUGCAGCUUUUCUUUUUAUAGCUAGUAAUGAUGAUCGAAACAUAAAUUCAGAAUAUUUUGUACAGAAGUUCUGUCAGAGAUUAUCUAAACAUUCAUACCCAAAAUCUUACGAAGUUUCAUCUCACCCUGGCAGUGGCCAUCUGUUGGAGCCUCCAUAUUCCCCACACUGCUAUGCUUCCUUUCAGCACAGUUCCAUGAUAGCCAUGGUCUGGGGAGGCACAGUCAAGCACCAUACAGGUGGACAAAUUAAUGCCUGGAACAAGACUAUAGAAUUUUUCAAACACCAUAUUGUGCAAACAGGCAACCUUGAAGAUGGUGGAAAAAACUCCACUGUUCAUCUUCGAAGCAAUUUAUAAAAGUACUAAACCUUAACUACCCAAAUUCCCUUUUAUUUGUUAAGAGUUUUCAUACAGUUUACAGUGAGUUUUCUUAAAAAGGACACUUCAUAAUGGAGAAAUAAAUUGCUGACAAAUUAGUUUAAUUGGGCUUGAGAAAGAAUAGCCUUGAGGACAUUACCAUAAAUCAGGUUCAAAUAAAAUGUCCAAUAUUGUGGGUAUAAUUACAUAAAGUUCUUGAAUUGAGUAUAAAUUUAUACCAAAACCUUUAUAAUUAUUACCACAAAUAACAAAUAUUCCAACAGAGAAAUUUUAGUUUUAUCAGUAUGUCUAAUUCUUGCAACUCCAUUGUAGAUGAGAGUCUCUGUAAUGAAAGAAAUUGACAAAAAAUAGAUCUCUCAAAUUGCAA